GACUCGCGUACCGGUAAACUCAACACGAGAAGCAACACAGCGUAACUAGAAAGCUUAUUCGAGGAUGACGGGACUAAUUACCAGUGUUAUAGUGGGACUCAUCAGCUUGGGUAAAUGCUGGAGCAGUCGUAAUCACACAAUUCACCAUCUGCUACCAGCCUCUGUGGAACUCAGCUCAUUGGAGAGAAGCACCAGAGGGACAGUCAACGAUGUGGUAUCCAGGAAUAUAACAAUGGUCCUGGAGAAUCUAUUGAUGAACUACGAGAACAGUCAGCUGCCAACUCAUGGAAAAGGGAUUCCAACCGUCGUGAAGACAAAUAUUCUGAUACGAAGCAUGGGACCAGUUUCCGAGCUAGAUAUGGACUACUCGAUGGACUGCUAUUUCCGUCAGUACUGGAGGGACUCACGUUUGAGCUUCUUGGGACCGAUAAAGUCCUUGAGUUUGAGUAUCAAGAUGCUCGAAAGGAUAUGGCGCCCUGACACGUACUUCUACAAUGGAAAGCACAGUUAUGUUCACACUAUAACAGUGCCGAAUAAGCUGUUACGAAUAUCCCAGGACGGUGACAUUCUCUACUCCAUGAGAUUGACGAUAAAGGCCAAGUGUCCGAUGGAGCUGAGGAAUUUCCCGAUGGAUCGGCAGUCCUGUCCUCUCAUACUCGGCAGUUACGCCUACACCACGAGACAGUUGGUUUAUGAAUGGCAGGAGGGACCCUCUGUGGAUUUCGUGCCUGGUAUGGCACUGUCACAGUUUGAUCUAAUGGGCUCACCCUACAGAAACCUCACGUUUGUGAGACGUGAGGGGGAAUUCUCGGUGCUCCAAGUCUCCUUCAAUUUACAGCGGAAUACCGGAUAUUUCUUGAUUCAAGUGUACGUUCCCUGUGUUCUCAUUGUCGUGCUGAGUUGGGUGUCCUUCUGGAUUCAUCGCGAAGCAACCAGCGAUCGAGUUGGUCUCGGAAUAACAACUGUCCUGACGCUCUCGACAAUCAGUCUAGACUCAAGAACGGAUCUGCCGAAAGUGCGUUACGCAACAGCACUCGAUUGGUUUUUGCUCAUGAGCUUUUUCUACUGCAUCGCGACGCUCCUUGAGUUCGCCGGAGUCCACUAUUUCACGAAAGUGGGAAGUGGGGAGAUACCGCUUGACCAGAGCGAGUGGGUGGAGUGGGACGACAAUGAGAGGAAUUACGGGGAUAACCUGGGGACAAUGACGCCCUACAGUCCUCAAGCGGUCCAUCCUGAGGAGAAUACUGCAAGACGGCGAGGAUCGAUGCUCUAUCCAAUCUAUAACGAAACACCUGCCUUCGGUAUGGAUUCGGGAUAUUCAAUCUCAGCGGCGGUCACCUGUAAACCGUCGACGAUGGAGAGGCAAACGCAAACGGAGCUGUGUCUACCAAAGUGGCAGCAGUUUCUGUACUGUUUAGCGGGGGAUGAUAAUUUCAGACGUCGCCGACAACGUGAAGCCAUAAGCGGCUGCAAAAGACACGGCGAACGCGUCGAGAGACACAUAAAUAGUGUAUCCUACAUAGACAGAGUAGCGAGGGUUGUUUUUCCCGCAUCAUUCGGACUGUUGAAUGUUUUUUACUGGCUCGUCUACGUCACUUACCAGGAGGAAUUCAAGUGGCAGGACCCGCCGCUCGGCUCAGUGUCACAUUAGAAUCAACAAAGUCAAAGCCACCAGAAGUCGUUUCAAAUAUUUGACUCGAUAUCGACUUUAUCAGUCGCAUUAUUUGUUGUUUCCUCGAUAAUUCGGCACCUGUUGACUAGAUCUUCGUAUUUCUAUUGUGAAUAGUAUCGGUCAAGUUAUUCGUAUCGAUCGGUGAAACCUUUGUAAUGUGUAUUCAGUGAAUGAUAAGUAAGGAGAUUGUUAUUGAGAGAUGUAUGGAAUUUGGAAACAUAUCGUGAGACCAGAGGACAUGUAUUUAAAUCAUUAUUAUUUCGGGGGGAGAGACCCCUGCUCUCUCCGUUCGCCAACCCCCAUGGGACACCCCGGACCCUUUUCUGACCCUUGUGACCCUUAAUCUGGCCCUCGUAAUCCUUAU